AUGGCGUCUAUACCCGCGACCAUGAAGGCUCUCCACUUACUGACUGCGCGAUCUGACAGAUACGAGAAGCCAGAGGUGUAUGGAAUCGUCGAGAUACCUGUUCCCACCCUUCGUGAAAACGAUGUUUUGGUCAAGGUCAAGGCUUGCGGUGUAUGCGGCACUGAUUUGCACAUCCACGAGGGUGAAUUUCUUGCCAAGUUCCCUCUCGUUCCCGGCCACGAGACAGUCGGCCAAGUCGCUGCCAUUGGACCCAAGGUCAAGGGAUUCGAAAUCGGUGAUCGUGUUGUUGCAGACAACUCUGAACUCUGCGGACAAUGUUUCUACUGCCGUCGCGGUGAGGAGUUGCUUUGCGAGCACUUCGAAGCCCACGGUGUCACAAUGAACGGUGGUUUCGCCGAAUACUGCGCCUAUCCUGCCGGCCGAGUUUUCAAGAUCAAGAACCUCAAUGAUGUUGAUGCCACACUCCUCGAGCCCGCCUCUUGCGCUGCUCAUGGCUUGGAUAAGAUUGCGCCUAAGAUGGGUUCAUCUGUCCUCAUGUUCGGCGCCGGCCCGACUGGCCUUGUUCUUUCUCAAAUGUUGCGCCAGAAUGGUGGUUGCCAUGUUGUUGUCGCCGCUCCGGAGGGUCUCAAGAUGGAUUUGGCCAAGAAACUGGGCGCCGGAGACGAGUACAUCGCUUUGUCUCGUAGCAACCCCGAAGUACAGUUCCAGAAGCUCCAGGUUGACAACCCCUACGGCUUUGAUAUUGUUGUUGAGGCUACCGGAAAUGCGAAGAUCCUGGAGGAUUCCAUCAACUAUGUUCGCCGUGGUGGUAAACUCGUUGUGUACGGCGUGUAUGCUAACAAGGACCGCGUCAGCUGGCCUCCAUCCAAAAUCUUUGGCGAUGAAAUCACCAUUCUUGGAUCGUUCUCCGAGACGUAUAAAUUCCCUGCCGCCAUUGACUACCUUGACCGCGGUAAGGUCAAGGUCGAAGGUAUCGUUAACAAGACGUUCAAGCUGGAGCAAUGGGGCGAAUGCCUUGAAGCCAUGAGGAACAAGAGCGCCAUCAAAGCAGCGAUCACGUUUGACUAG